UGUAUUAUUAAUUUAAGUGUAACUUAUUAUAUAUAAGUAGAUUCACUAAUAAAUGAUAGGUGAUUUCUUUGUCAAAGAAAGAAAAUAAAAAAAAUGUGUAUUGAAAAUUUUUUUGAUCCACCUCAAAUUGCACUGCAAAUUGAUUUUCGGGUUGGAUAUCUACUAUUACUCAGGAAUUUGGCUUGUCAAAAUUUGAUACGACACAAAUUGAUACGGAAUUAAGUAAUUUUUUGUGAGACCUUAUUGGGUUCUGAGUGGUAAACAGGUGCACCUGUCAAACUCGAUUGAUAAAUGAGUCGUGCUCAAGUGAGGUAUAUUAAUAAUUCAUUUAUCACCUAUUUAAAUAAAAUUAUUAGAAAAAAGAGAAUGUUCAAAAUAAACGAGUCAAGUAGGUGACAGGUUAAAAAGAUUAUCAUGUUAACUAAGUUAUAUCCAAUGCAAUUCAUUUAUUAAAUGAAUUAAAUAAAUCGUGUUGUGUAAUUUGUUUAAUAAUUGAAUCGUAUUCGGUUUGAAUAAGAAGCAUGUGGAUCCAGUCUUAUGGGAAAUCAUUUAACGGGCAAUACCCGGCCAGCUGGUAACCCUACCCGGUAACCCUCUACAAAUACCCCGGGGGUAGAUAAGCCCCAAUCAUCGCCGCCUCGUGUACGCCUCUGUCUCUCUCCUCUCUUUAAACAUCGUUGUCCUCGUAGCGUCUCAUAUUUAUUUCUCAUCCUCAUCUCUGUCUCUCUAGAGCUCUCCUGAAAGAUGCUCUAAAUCCUAUAUAUAUACGAAUUCCUUUAUAAAAGCUGCCAAAUUUCAAAAUUUUGGCGCUCCUUUUCAGUUUUCUCGCUCGAUCUGAACCUUCUUCACUAUGAUUUUGAGCUCUAAUCGUCCUUAUAUGAAACCCUAGAUUUCAAAGAUCAGGUUCCGAUGUCGUAAAACUUAUAAUCUUGCUUAUUGAAUCGGAUUAUCAAUUUGAUCGUCUUGUUGGGUUGAAGAAAGAAAAGAAUCUGCCACAAAGGAAUCCUUGACUUAUAUUUUAACUUUAAUUUGGAUAAGAAAGAGAAUUUUUGACUAGAGGUGUCGAAGGGUAGGGACAGGAGAGAGAGAGAAAGGAGGAGGGGGUAGACAGCAGAUGGCGGAUCAAGGCUUGGAAGGUAGCCAACCUGUGGAUCUUUCCAAGCACCCUUCUGGGAUUGUUCCUACUCUUCAGAAUAUUGUCUCAACAGUCAACUUGGAUUGCAAAUUAGAUCUUAAGGCCAUUGCAUUACAAGCGCGAAAUGCAGAAUAUAAUCCAAAGCGUUUUGCUGCUGUCAUCAUGAGGAUUAGGGAUCCAAAGACUACAGCUUUGAUUUUUGCAUCUGGGAAGAUGGUUUGCACUGGAGCAAAGAGCGAACACCAGUCCAAACUGGCAGCGAGGAAGUAUGCCCGAAUUAUCCAAAAACUUGGGUUCCCAGCCAAGUUCAAGGAUUUCAAGAUUCAGAAUAUAGUUGGCUCUUGUGAUGUUAAAUUUCCUAUCAGACUUGAAGGCUUAGCAUAUUCCCAUGGUGCCUUUUCAAGUUAUGAACCAGAACUAUUUCCUGGGCUGAUAUACCGUAUGAAACAACCAAAGAUUGUACUUCUAAUCUUUGUGUCAGGAAAGAUAGUCCUUACGGGAGCUAAGGUAAGAGAAGAAACGUAUACAGCCUUUGAGAACAUAUAUCCUGUGCUUACAGAGUUCAGGAAGAACCAGCAAUGAUAUGCAUUCAGGGAAGGCACCAGCUUGGUUUUUGCAAGUUGAAGUCCAAAUACUGCUUUCUCACUGGCAUGUUGGAGGCACACACUGAACUGUGAAUAUGUUAAACGGGCUCUCAGGCAGCUGACUUGUCGUUGUGGGUCUGAUAAGUUAAAAGAGUUGACGGGUGUAUAACAUCUUGUUUCUUUGCUGAAUUUGGGUCAUUUCCCCUAAAUCCUUUGAAAGCUGUGUGAUGGAUCUGUCAGCUGAGCUCUGAUCAGGAUCAAGGGUGUGGUCUUGUGUGGUGGUCUGUUAAAGGACCAUUUUGCUGCCACAAGGGGGGAUGGAAAAAGGGUCCAAUUUUGGUUCUUUCAUGUAGACUCU